UAUAUGUUAUGUUGGCUAAAGUAUAUACACUUAUUUUAAAAACCGUUAUGUAGACAUUUGAAAUUAUCAAACUGUUUAAAAAAAUAAAAAAAAUUAAUAUUAUUUUUGUGCAAUGUAUUCAAAUAACUUUGAAAAAUUAAUAAUUCAAGCACGGCAACUUGAUGAUGGUAUCGAAAAAUUAAUAACAACAUGGAAAUUGCCACAUGUUUUAAUUGGAUGUUUUGGAGAAUGUACAGAAGAAACAAUUAAUUAUAUUGAAUCUGUAUGGAAUAUUAUAAAAAAUACACAGAAUGGAAUUGACGAAAUUUUAUCAGAAACAAAAGAUUGGAGUAUAGAAAAUCCAAUACAUAUGGAAGAGUUUCUUCAAGAAACUAGAAAAGAAUAUGAAACUUUAAAAGAAGAUUGCGAUAAUUUGGAAGGUGUUUUUGCAGAGUAUGGUUAUGAUUAUAAUAAAGAUAAUAUUUUAGACCAAACUGAUAAAACUUAUGUAAAUAUUAAUGAAAGUUCUGAUCAGAACUUAGUUGAAGGUAUAGAGAAUUUAGAAGUUGAAUUUACUCCUAAUCUCAGUUGGAAAUGUAAAAUAAAACAAAAUGGAUUAACAUCAACAUAUAAUGAUAAUAAUAUAUCCCAUGCAUUAAGUAAUAGUUUAUCAGUUUCUAAUGAUAUUUCUAUUACACAUAAGGAUUUUAUUUGUACUCCAGGAAGAGAACGUCCACAAGAACCAAUUUAUUCUAGACACUUUUAUAACAUAUUAAAAAAAUGAAUUUUCAAGAUUUUAUAUUUUAUGAUACAUAGUUUAAGAUCUGUAUUAUAUUAUUGUAUAUUUUUUGUUUUGUUAAGUAUUAAAAUAUUUGAAAUGAAUA